UCAGGAGCAAGAUGGCCUUCCAGUUCAUCGAGAUCAAGGAUAGAGAGACCUUGGUGGAGACCCUGCUUGAGAGACUGAAGCAGGUCCACGCCAACCACCCUGUGCAGUAUGACACCUCAACCAAUGACAAGGACAUGGCUGGACACACAUCACCUGUUUUGUAUUUGACAAGCAUGUGCAGUGACCACAAGUUUGGGGAUUUUGAAAUGUUGUCCUGUCACAGCAGCAAGGAGCGUGAAGACAAGAGCCCACCUCUGCACCCCGGACCCCUGACCGUCAUCCUCCAGCCUUUGGGCAGCCAGAACCCUGACUCCCACCUGGUUGGUGAGGCCACUCCUUCCCUGGUGUGCCAUGGGCACUGGAGGCUGGGCAGUGACCAUGGAGGGUGUGGCACCUGAGCACCAGCUCCUCUGGACCAGGGGGGAGAGGUGACCGCGGACCUUGGGCAGCAAGGGCUCUCUUGAGGGC